CGCUUAUACAAAUACGAUAUGUAAUAUAGAAUCAAAGAUAUUUGGCAUAUGAUUUUAAAGUUAUCCUCUGUUUAUCUUAUAAAUAUAAAUUAAUUAUCAAAGAAUAAUUAAAUAUGAAAAUCUAAGUAUCAAGAUACCAAUAAAUUUCGAGCGAAAAUUUAGUUACCUUAACUAACUGUUGAAAAUUUCUUUGAUUUUUUAAGUUUAGCUUCAUGUAUGUUUUUUAUUUAAAAUGUUACAACUAAUCUAUAUAGUUUGAUUGUGCAAGAUUAUUGUCAUUGUUGAAAAUGACUAUGGUUGGAAUCCUAGUAUGUAUUAUUUUUUUUAGAAAUAAAUGAGAAACAAAUAAUUUAUUAUAAAUUCUUGUGUGUAUUAUUUUUUUAAGAAUAAAUAAGAAAGAAAUAGAUAAUUGUGAAUCCUAAUAGUGUCUCUUACUCCGGGUCCGGGGUGUGUGAGGGAGGAGGAACUGGAGGAGCCGAGGAGUGGGCGAGUGGGAGUCGCCAAGUGAGUGUGGGCGGGAAUUUCCUGAUCUGUGCUUUUGAACCAGCCAUUCACUAAACGAUAAGACCAACGAAACUAGUGGACACCAAAUAACGGUAAUUUAAAAAAAAAAUGGAAAGUAAAAUAUCAUCGCACUAAAUGGAUAGAAGAGAAAACGCAGGAGAGUGGACAGACCGGAAACGAUACGAAGCAAUUGGCCAUGGCCACCGGACGUAUGAUGAUAGACUUUCCGAUCACUUCAUCACUCUCUUCCACUUCGUCUACCUGCUGUUGCAGCCAAUCUCUGAGUUACAGCUUCCUUGGGAAGACCGCAUUUUCGCUGAACAGUAGUAGCAGCAGCAGCAAUGCCGCUGUGUGUUUCUCUUCUAGAUCAGCAAAGAAAUGGAAUAGUAACUCCGGAGGUGACGUCGAUUGCGACGGCGGAGUUGUCGUCAAGAACGAAAACGAUGAAGAUCAGCCGCAGCAGCAACGGCGGCGAGAAAAAGUCGGCGGCGGUGGAGAGGCGAGGAGGAGGCAGAGGAGAGUUGUUUGCGAGGUGGAAGUGAUUUCUUGGCGGGAACGGAGGAUUAGGGCUCAGAUUCUGGUGAAUUCCGACAUUCAAUCGAUUUGGACAGCUCUCACUGAUUACGAACGCCUCGCCGAUUACAUCCCCAACCUCCUCUCCAGUGGAAGAAUCCCGUGUCCGCAUCCAGGCCGGAUAUGGCUGGAGCAGAGAGGACUACAGAGAGCUCUUUAUUGGCACAUUGAAGCUCGUGUUGUGCUGGAUCUCCAAGAAUUCCCCAUUUCUGCGGACAGGCACGAGCUGCACUUUUCCAUGGUGGAUGGGGACUUCAAGAAGUUCGAAGGCAAAUGGUCCCUCAACUGUGGCACAAGGCCUGGAACCACUGUGUUAGCUUAUGAAGUUAGUGUGAUACCAAGAUUCAACUUUCCUGCCAUCUUCUUGGAAAGGAUCAUUAGGUCGGAUCUUCCUGUUAACCUCCAGGCCUUGGCUUGCCGUGCUGAAAACCAAGUUAUGGCGAUGGGCAAUCACAAAACCAAAACUGAUGAAUUGUCAAGAUCUACAUCCGGGCCUAGAGAUGUAGAAGAGACCUACAACACUGCAAAUCCUAGUCCUGUGCCAGCCUCCGCAGGCGAUAUCAGUUGUAAUUGGGGUAUUUUCGGUAAAGCGUGCAGUCUUGAAAAGCGUUGCCUUGUGGAUGAAGUUCAUUUGAGAAGAUUUGAUGGACUAUUGGAAAAUGGUGGGGUUCAUCGUGGGGUUAUCGCCAGUAUAACCGUUAAAUCUCCUCUUCGAGAAGUUUGGAAUGUUUUGACUGCUUAUGAGAGUCUUCCUGAGGUUGUUCCAAACUUGGCAAUCAGCAAGAUUUUAUCACGUGAAAACAACAAAGUUCGCAUCCUUCAGGAAGGUUGCAAGGGUCUACUCUAUAUGGUACUCCAUGCACGCGUUGUUUUGGAUUUAAGUGAGCUACAUGAAAGGGAGAUCAGUUUUGUGCAAGUAGAUGGCGACUUUGACUCAUUUCAUGGGAAGUGGGUUCUAGAGCAGUUGGGAAGUCAUCAUACAUUGCUCAAAUAUGUUGUUGAAUCCAAAAUGCAUAAGGACACCUUUCUCUCAGAGGCUAUAAUGGAAGAGGUUAUAUACGAAGACCUACCAUCAAACUUGUGUGCAAUUCGAGACUAUGUUGAGAAAAUGCAAGCUGUGAAUUCCUUGGAACCAGAUGAUUUGAUCAAGUACUCUGAGCAUGAACCGUCCAGCAGCAAUCACACUCCAGUGGAAGAGCAACAAGUCUCAGAUUCUGGUAAUGCAGUUUCUUCAAGACAAAGGCCCAGGGUUCCAGGCUUGCAAAGAGACAUUGAAAUUCUCAAAUCAGAACUCCUGAAGUUUGUAUCAGAACAUGGGCAGGAAGGGUUCAUGCCCAUGAGAAAACAACUACGACUUCAUGGCAGGGUGGAUAUAGAGAAGGCAAUAACACGCAUGGGUGGAUUCAGAAGAAUAGCAUCAUUAAUGAAUCUGUCUCUUGCUUACAAGCACAGAAAACCCAAAGGUUACUGGGACAGCCUCGAGAAUUUGCAGGAAGAGAUUAAGCGAUUUCAGAGGAGUUGGGGAAUGGACCCUUCUUUUAUGCCGAGCCGAACAUCUUUUGAGCGUGCAGGUCGUUAUGAUAUAGCUCGUGCAUUGGAGAAAUGGGGAGGGCUUCAUGAGGUUUCUCGGCUCUUGGCACUUAAGGUGCGGCAUCCCACUAGACAGCUAAAUCUUGUCAGAGAGAAAAAGUUUGACCAGUGGCCAUUGAGCAGUGCAGAAGUGGAGGACAAAAUCUCUUCCACAAAAGCUGAUGUAUCUCAAAACACACAGAAAUGGCUCACCAAAUUGAAAGACUUGGACAUUGAUUGGGGAGCCUGAGAAAGGUGCAUCUCCCUCUUCUCUCUUCUCUCUUGUCUCAUACAAACACACUUCUAAUAUCUAAUAGAUGAUAUAUGAAAAAAUUAAUUAAUGCAAAAGACAAACUAAAUAACUAAUAGAUACUCCACACAGGUAUUACAGGGCUGCUCAUUUAGUGAUUACUAAGCCCCUAUCAUCAACAGUUUGACUAUUCGUCGACUGCCACGUUUGGUUGCUUAUUGUACAUUAACUGUCUAUCAUCUAUGAAAAAAACUCAAUGGCUACA